AUGAACAAUCCGUACGAUCGUUCGAUGCGUGAGCAAUGGGAGUCCAGCCUCAUGGGAGCGCAGUUCUGGGACAAUGUGACGAGAGAUAUCCAGGAACGUGCUGGAAAUGAGGGACAAGCCCUAACUGGCCAAUUGCCGCAUCAAAGCCCCGUUCAGACUACAGUGACAAACUAUACCGAGAAGAGUCCAAAGAAGAAGAAGAAGAAGAGUCGUUUCCAACUCUCUCAUCUGGCUUCUUUCAAUAGCUUUAGACUCCGCAACACCAUUCAUCCCUCCCCCGUAGGGACUGAUACUACAACCUCACCUGAUAAGAGUCCCGAGAAGAGCCAGAAGAGUUCAAAGAAUGGUAGCCUCCGUCUUUUAGAACUACAUUCCUUUAAGUCUCUCAGUCUCAAGCGCCGAGGCCCAAUCCUCGCAUCAACUGCAGGCAUUGUUGAACUCCAGAAGCCUGCCCGGCCUUCCAUCCUGUCCCCUUCGACUUUCCUUCCACCUGAAUCACCUUCUACUGUCUUCCCUCCUGAAUAUCCUAUUCAUCGCAUCUACAAAGGCUCCCGCCCUGCCUUUCGUUCACUCAACAGAGUACCGUCUGCUGCCAACCUAAAUAUUACUCCCCUCAACGCUCCUGAGGACUCUUAUCCUUUUUCCACAAUUACCCCCAGCUGUCGGAGCAUUAUCAGUUUUCAAGAGUGGCUUGAGCGACGAAGUGAUCCUCGCCCUGAAACUGUGCCCACUACUCACCCAGCUCGCGAUUCUCAAAUCAACUUGAUGGCUUACCUCAACGAUGGUGGCACUUGGGAUGAUAUCCUACGCACUAAGUCGGUCCUCGAACUGAACAUGCUUUGCGAUGCUCGCAAGGCCUCACCCAAGAGCCUUGUCGAUAUCGAUGGUGAUCAGACUACUGAUAAAGGUACCAUGUCUGAUGUGGCCAUUGAGUCCAAUGUUCCUAUCGUGAAUGAGACUGCCACCGACGGCCAGGGAGCCCACCGCUCCAGCAAGGAACCAGAGGAUGAGAUUGAGAUUAGCAUCACAAUACCAUCCAAGAAGCAGUUGCGGCCAUUGAUCGAGUUCCACAAGCUGCGUGUGCUGCGUCUAACUGGUAUGUUGAAAUCAUACCAGAGAAUCAUCUGGCAGGCGGUCUGGUUGAACCCUCAGCUCACCACUCUCGAGCUGGAGAUGGCAAUGGAACUGAACAUCAAAAAGCCAGGUCCACGUGGCUGGAAGCCCAUCUCGGAUGGAUGGGUGAUGAAUGUGAAAUCGUUUGGCGCGCCUGUUUACUAUGGCGAGCAUGGCGACGGAAAGAUUUCGAGCAAAAUCGGGUACGGCGAGUACCUUGACAAGUUCUGCAUCGAGAAGGCAAGGCUUCUUGCCGGUGUCACCGGUUUCCUCGUCCCCCGCUACCUGCCGGUCAAGCAUCUCACCUUGACCGGCUUCGCCGUGGAUGGGGACGCGUUCGGGAUGUGGUUCCGGAACCUCGAGGAGGUUCACUUCAAGAAGAACUGCAUCGACUGCGGUUUCUGGUUGUCUCGCGCCCAGCGAGACGUUCGAGUUCGUCAUUCGAACAAGCUUGGAGUGGCCCGGGGCAAGGACGGGCCCUCCGGGGCCAGCUCCAUGGAGGAGCUCGAUGAGGAGGAGCUUGCCGAGCUCACCGCUGCGGUGAGUGGUCUGGCGGCCUCCGGGAUGUGA